AACACUGCACCACAGAAACACAGUCAUUUUCCUCUCUUGAUUGUCUCUUUUCCCAACCAAAAAAAAAAUAAAAUAAAAAAAAAUCAUCAUGGCUGAAAAACACGUACAAGCAAUCAUCCCUCAUUUUUCGUCUGGAGGCAAGAGAGACCAUAACAGGAGGCAUAUGAUAUCUGACGACAGCACGAUGGUGAGACAAAUUCGGGAAACUCACAGUCCUGAAACUCACUUUCUUGAUGUCAAACCAAUUAUCCUGGUCAUUGAGGACAUCUUUCGCAGGACUGCUCCUGGCAUUGAUGCUAUGAUAAAUGGUGUACAUUUAGAUACAAAUGAUGAGAAGGUCAGCGCAGCUAGCGUCGAUGAAAUGCUCGAAGCACUUGCUCAUAUCAUACAUAAGAUUUCCUGUGAGAUGUUUUGCAAGUGCUCAGGGACGGAUCUGCAUGCGUCUACUCUGGUUUUAUUCAAGAUGCUGUCAUACUAUCCAUGGGAAGCAAAAGUGGUUCUAGCCUUGGCUGCUUUUUCUGUAACUUAUGGUGAAUUCUGGCUUGUCACUCAGCUCUGUGCAACAAAUCCACUGGCCAAGGCUGUUGCUCUUCUGAAGCAACUCUCAGACAUGAUUGAGUAUUCGCGAGCCAUGAAGCCUCAGCUUGAAGCGAUACACAAUCUCAUCAAUGCUGUCAUGAAGGUUACUAAACUAAUUAUUGAAUUCAAUGACCUACCAACAGAGUACCUUUCACAAGACUCGGAGCAAUUAUCAGUUGGAAAAGCUCAUAUUCCUGCUGCAGCAUACUGGACCGUUCGAAGCAUAAUAGCAUGUGCUUGGCAUGUUGCUAGCCUUACAGAUUUCAGAUAUGAGCAUGUUGCAUCAGCCUCGGAGAUAUGGGAACUGUCAAGCUUGGCACAUAAGCUGGUCAGUAUACACGACCUCCUAGCAAUUGAACUGAAUAAUUGCCGAAAUUAUAUAGUCAAGGUGCAACAUGAAGAAAACUACAGAAAUCUCAUACGCCUUAUUGAGGGCACCACCCAUCUGGACAACAUGAAGAUCCUCAAGGCAUUACUUGCCCCUGGUGAUGAGCCAACCCUGAUGCAUGGUUACUCCAAAACAAAGGUUUCUGUUGAAGUACUAAGGCGAAAGCAUGUGUUGCUGCUAAUAUCUGACUUUGAUAUCACCAAUGAAGAGCUUACAGUUCUCAACAUUAUUUAUGAGAUGAGGAUGAAGCAAGAUCAUCGAUAUGAUACGAACUCAAAAGAUGCUCCAUAUGAGGUGGUGUGGAUCCCAAUGGUGGACAGGAUGGCGAAUUGGCCUCAACAAGGCGAUCACAAACUUUUGGAGUUACAAUCAAUGAUGCCAUGGUACUAUGUAGACGACCCUGAAGUAAUUCAACCUCCGGUGAUUAAGUACAUCAGAGAGAAGUGGAAUUUCGAAAAGAAAAUGAUCUUAGUAGCAUUAGAUCCAUCAGGGAAGGUCACAUCCAAAAAUGCCACUCAUAUGAUGUGGAUCUGGGGGAAUUCAGCCUUGCCAUUCAGUCAAGACAGAGAGGAUACACUUUGGAGUACUGAGCAAUGGUCACUCAAGCUACUCAUCGAUAGCAUUGAAGCAGAAAUACUACAAUGGAUGAAUAGUAAUAAAUACAUAUGCUUGUACGGAGGAGACAAUAUUGAAUGGAUCAGACAAUUCACCACCCAAGCAAAACUGGUAGCACGGGCUCUCGGCAUCGAGUUAGAGAUGGUCUACGUGGGGAAAAGCAACGUACCGAAAGAGCGGAUUAACAAGAUCAAUGCAACGAUCCUAGCUGAGAAUCUCAGCCACAUCUGGCCAGAUUCCACGACCAUCUGGUUCUUCUGGUCUAGGCUCGAGAGCAUGCGCUGUUCCAAGGUCCGGUACGGCAAGACCAUAGAAGACGACCCCAUAUUGAAAGAGGUCAUGGUUCUGCUCAGUUACGAUGGCUCUGACCAGGGCUGGGCGUCACUCUGGCAUGGCUCGAACGAGAUGGUCCGAGCCAAUGGGCAACUGGCUCUGUUAACCAUGAAUGAGUUCCAAGCCUGGGAACCUGAGGCUCGAGAGAUAACUUUGAUCCCAGCUUUAGAUGCAGAACUACAAAGGCGCCACACGCCACAGCACUGCACGCGUCUCAUUCUUCCAGGGAUCGGUCAGGACAUUCCUCCAAAGGUGGUUUGCACAGAAUGUGGCCGCGACAUGGAGAAGUUCUUCAUGUUCCGAUGUUGCACAGAUUGAGGUGUUGGUUUACGAAGGAGAGUUUUAUUACAGUUAGUUGUACUACGUUGGUCUGUUGUUGCAUGUACUGUAUUUUAAGUUUUAACUAUGUUUAUUUUGGUUUGGUUUGUUAAUGUUUUAAUGUGUGGUACUCUUUCGACUGAGUUAAUUAAGGUUUGACUUUGUAUAAUGUCAUUGGGACUCUUAGCCUACUGGGUCUCUCUUAAUCUAUACACUAGUUCUUUUUUA